AUGGCUACAGCUGCAGUAGCAAACAAGUCACCACUACCAGGGACAUCAAACCCACACAACCCUUCAAAGACUACCUCCAGCUCCACCCUGUCCACCAGAUCAACGCCGUCUCUACUGCUAACUAGCCAUACAGUUUCAUCUUAUACCAAAGAACGCAAAGUUGGUGAAGGUACAUAUGCGGUAGUUUAUCUCGGGAAACAAACAUCAACCAAACGACCCGUUGCCAUAAAAGAGAUCAAGACUGGGUUGUUUAAGGAUGGACUCGAUAUGUCAGCCAUACGUGAAGUCAAGUACUUGCAAGAAUUGAAACACCCUAACGUGAUUGAAUUAAUUGAUGUGUUUGCGACCACAAACAACAAUUUGAACUUGGUCUUAGAGUUCCUACCUUGUGACUUGGAAGUUUUGAUCAAGGACAAGAGCAUAGUUUUCAAAUCGUCCGAUAUCAAAUCGUGGAUGUUGAUGACGCUACGUGGGAUACAUCAUUGCCAUCGAAAUUUCAUCUUGCACCGUGAUUUGAAACCAAACAACUUGUUGAUCUCACCCACUGGACUUUUGAAAAUUGCCGAUUUUGGUCUUGCUCGAAGCUUGGGAAAUCCCAAUGAAGAUUUAAGCUCAAAUGUGGUUACUCGGUGGUACCGAGCACCAGAGUUGUUAUUUGGGGCAAAACACUAUACUGAGGCCAUUGACAUAUGGUCCAUUGGAAUUAUAUUUGCUGAGUUGAUGUUGCGGAUUCCUUAUCUUGCCGGUAAAGAUGAUGUUGACCAGUUGGAUGUGACGUUUAGAGCAUACGGCACCCCAACUGAACAAAUAUGGCCCAAUGUGUCAAGCUUACCAUUGUAUAAUGCCUUGCAUGUGUAUCCACCUCCAUCAAGACAGGAAUUGCGAACGAGAUUCAGUGCUGCUACUGACAAAGCUUUAGACUUGUUGAUAUUGAUGACUCAAUUGGAUCCUAGUCGUAGAUGCACUUCGACUCAGGCUUUGUUGCAUGAAUAUUUCACUGAGGCUCCUCGACCUACAGCACCAGAAUUGUUACCGAAAGUCAAGGAGAAAAAGAGAGCUGAGAUUGAAGACGAUAGUGCAAAUAGUGGAAACAACUCAGAUGCAUUAAAGAGGAGACGGGUAUAG